CUGGCGCAGGCGCAGCACCCUCCCCGCGGCGGCGCGCGCUUCGCGCGGCUUGGCCCCUCCGGGACCCCGUAAGGGCGUCUCCAUGGCGACCGCGUGGGCCUAGCAGCCUCCAUUGUUGGGCUGCACCUCCCGGUUCUCUGCUUGUCAGCGUGCUGGAGGAGCGGGGCGCCGCAGGUGACCACAGAGCACGCAGGAUGAGCGGUGGUCCCCGGACGGGAGUCUCCUCCUGGCUGGCAGAUGGACGGAAGCGGCUCCCACAAGCUGCGCCCUGCGGCGGCUGAUCCAGAGCGCGGCUCCAGCCCCGUUAGCAGCAUGCCUGCCGCCCCCUCCGGAGAGGCUCCCCAGGGCGCCCAGGGGCUCAUCCUUUCCUCCUCAUCGAUCUUAGACUUGAGUCAAAGUGGUCUUCACCAGUUAGGAGAGAUCUUUCGGAUCCCCAACCUUAAACAAUUGCAUCUUCAAAGGAAUGCCCUCUGCGAGAUCCCCACAGACUUCUUUCAGUUACUGCCAAACCUGACUUGGCUGGACUUGCGCUGCAACAGGAUUAGAGCCCUUCCUUCUGGGAUUGGCGCUCACAAGCAUUUGAAAACUUUGCUUUUAGAAAGAAAUCCCAUCAAAACGUUACCUGUGGAGCUGGGGCACGUGACCACACUGAGAGCCCUGAACCUGAGACACUGCCCCCUGGAGUUCCCCGCGCGCCCCGUCGUGCAGAAGGGCCUGGGCGCCAUCCUGGCCUUCCUGCAGGCCUGCGCCGCGCAGCAGCCCCCCCGCCGAGGGCCGGCUUCUCCAGAGCGCGCGCCCCGUGAGGACGCCCGUAACCCUCAGGGUCGGAAGGGGAGGUUGACGGAGAAGGCGAACCGUGCGCCUCCUGCUGCAAAGCUGGCCCCGAGUGAGCUGUGCGAGCGCGCCGCCCCCCCGGACGACUGGCCGGGCGAGGAGGAGAUCCGGCGCUUCUGGAGGCUGAGGCAGGAGAUCGUCGAGAAGGAGCGGGCGGGGGCGCUCGCCCGCCAGCUCCUCCCCGUGCACUUGCCUGCGAGCCUCAGGGCGGCUCUGGACGCAAAGGACACAGAACAUUCCAGCCCCAGACACGGUUUCAGCCGCCUGGAGCCCUCGGAGGCAGGCGCCCGUGGGCGUCCGUGGGCGUCCGUGGGCGUUCGCCGUCGGCCCUGCUCGCACACGGCAUGUGUCUGUUCCAGUGCGCGCCGUCCGCGGGGCAGCGUUCGCCGUGGGCUCCGUGACAGUGGAGGGAAGAUGCCCCCCCCCAGCAGCGUCCUGCCCGCCCUGCGGGUGCCGCGAGCGGGGCUGCCCGCCAGGAGAGCCGCGGAGCAGAGGGCCUCGGCCCCGACGGGACAGCGCAGCAGGUGGCAUCAAAGACUCCCUUUGCCGUGGAUUUGGCAGACAGAAAAUACCAGUGAAUCCACCUGGAAAAAUGAGGCAAAGCAAAGAGAAGUCAUUGCAAGCAAGCAAAGAAAUGAGAGCCUUCCGAGAGGGGCGUUUAGAAGAAAACCUAAAUCGGCACAUUCAGAAAACGCAUGCGGGAAAGAAAGGAUUUUGGGAGAUGGCGCCACUGGAGGAAUGGAGACAGGCUGCCCACGACUUGGAAAUUGCCAGGAAGCUACACGGCCAAGCGAUGAGAUGGAGUCCCAGACGACCCUAACUGGAAGCCAACAGUUCACGGCUCUCACUGGACCGUCACUCCACCCACCUGCAUCUCGGCCCCAGAAUGUAUCGUUCAACAUGAGAUACUGGGUCCGAGGACCGUCACAGGUGCGACUGAGCGAGGAUCCUGGUGCUGACGGAAAGCCUCCGGGCUGAGGACUGGGUGCAGCGGCUCCCCGGCUGCCCAGAUGCCCGUCCCUGCGAGUGCGCCCGGGUGUCCGCCACCCCCUCCCAGGGCUGCACGGCUUUUUCAGAGGCUGUAAAAGGUUUAAGCCAGAUUAAAGGAGAGAAUAAACGAGCCACCAGGUGUUCA